AGCGGAACUUAUUUGGGUUUGAAGGACAGGGAGGCUUUCAUUUACAAGCAUAGAUAUGAGAAUGCGGACAAUGAGUUGGCUGACUUUAGAGAAUGGUCUGACUAUCUCUCUCAGAAAUGUUCUGAUCCAAAAGAUACAUCAGAUGAUUUUAGUAAUAAAGGGGAAGGCUCGCGAAACAAGGCACUUCAAAAUGAGGUGAGGAAGCUAAAAAAUGAAAUUGAGAAAUGUAAAUCAGAGAACUCUGAGAUUUCUGCUCUCUUGAGAGAAAAGAAUUUCGUUUGGAACCAGUUCAAAAUGAUGGAGAGCGACUACAGUAAACAAUUAAGGAAGAAAAGUGAUGAAGUUGAGCAUGCAAAUGAAAGGUUUCAGGCACUUGUAAACAGAGCAGAGGAAUUACAGAUCAUAAAUGAAAGUUUAAGAAUUGACUUCGGCAAGAUGGAAUCUGAAUCAGUAAAAAAGAGUGAGGAAAUCUUGAGACUUUUGAAGGAAAUUGAACUCUUAAAAUCCAAAUUUGGGUCAGCGUCACCCUUGUUGUGCCCAUGUAGGACAGAUGCAGCAGCAUCCGACAGGAAAGGCCAGAAUACUGGCACUCGUGGAAGGGGUGAAACAUUGAAAAAAGAAUCAGAUCCUUCGCAGACCUCUGAGAAUGUGCUGUCUUAUUGGUGUUUAAUAUUCUUUUUAUCCUGUACUAGUAAUCUUCUCUUUCAGGGGUUGCUAUGAUAAUUUAAACUUGCUUUUCUGGUUCGCAGCAUGUGGUUCUUGGAUAAAUUUUCUGAAUUGGCUUAGCAUACAACUGAUAGUAUAUGAUAACAGAGAAACCUGAUUGGUGAUAUUGUAAACA